AUGUUGUGGUAUCAUCCCCAGGAUCUCGAACAACAAGGAACACAUCAUCAAGAAUCGUGGGGAAACCCUGGGGAAUACCUGGUCUACAUGAAGCGAUUCUGGGGGAAUAUCAUCAACGGGGAGAUCCGGAGCCGUGUGGAGGUGAGGAAAACGGCGCUUGAUCUCCGUGUGGCUGGCUCCCGCGGCCGCCGCGAUGGCUUAAUCACUUCACUUUACGCUGGAGAAGGCAUCCAGAAUGCUCAACUACCGGGUACUAAGCCGGGCGCUACGGCGUUGAACGGGCUUUCCCCUCCGCGCCGCCGGUUCCCUUCCAUCAGGCCACUCCAAAGAUCCCUGAGGGGAAGAGAUUGA